CUAUUAUCUAUAUUAAAUGGUCACACAGUCUGUUAAACAUCAAAUUAAAUUAGGAAAUUGAGGUUAGAGAACUCGGAGAGCCCGGAUGAAAAUAAAAAUAAUUCAUUAAUUUUAGAUCAUGAAUGAAAUAAAUAGCAAAUGAUAAUUGCAUCACCAUGGCGCUAUUAGGAGCUCAACUAGUUAUCACCCUUAUAAUGGUAUCAGUGAUACAAAAGUUGGGUAAUUAUUCAUUUGCAAGAUGGUUGCUAUGUUCUCAAGGGUUGUACAGAUAUUUAUAUCCAGAUAAUAGCGAGUUAAAGUCAUUGGCGGGAGUGCCGAAAGACAAACCGAAGGGAAAAAAGGGUAGCAAAAAUGAACAGAAUGGGAAGCCAGAAACUUUUCAUGUUCCUAGGAAUUUGGAUUUACAUUUAGAAAAAGCUCCUGUGUCACCGUUAGAUGUAAUUCAUUUAAGAUUUUAUACUGAAUAUAUAUGGAUAAUUGAUUUCUCACUGUAUUCAAGUAUAGUGUACAUUAUGUCUGAGAUCUACACAUCAUUUUUUCCAUUAAAAGACGAAUUUAAUUUAAGUAUGGUUUGGUGCUUAUUGGUGGUGUUAUUCUCAUUUAAAAUAUUGCUGUCACUAACGAAACAAUACUUCACAAGUGACGAGUCUAUUGGUGAGAGAUCAACAUGUAUUGUAUCGUUUUGUGUAUUCCUUCUCAUCGCUAUGAUGGUUCUGAUCGUUGAUGACAACAAUCUGGAGGUGGGAGUUGAUCCAGCAUAUGAUAGUUUUCAUGAGAAUGCCUCUAAGUUUUUAGAGAAUCAAGGUUUGAGUUCUGUAGGGCCAGCAUCCAAAUUAAUUCUGAAGUUGUCUCUAGCAGUAUGGGCAGCUAUUAUUGGCACCCUAUUUACGUUCCCUGGUCUCAGAGUUGCUAGGAUGCACUGGGAUUCACUAAGAUACUAUGGAGACAAUAAGCUAAGAGCACUUCUGUUGAAUUUGAACUUUGCAAUGCCAUUUAUCCUAGCUCUGAUGUGGGUGCGACCCGUAACAAGGAACUAUCUUACUGUCAGAGUUUUCAGUGGAAUGUCUGAUCCUAUCAUGACAUCAGAUCAAUAUGACUCAUUGCGACUGGUGCUCAUAGUGACGAGCGUUGUUCUCCGCUUGGUGCUGAUGCCGCAGCAGCUUCAGGUCUAUUUGGACAUGGCUCAUCGCAGGCUGGAGGAGCAAAAGAAAGAGGCCGGUCGCAUCACCAAUAUUGAGCUGCAGAAAAAGAUAGCCUCCGUGUUCUACUACCUGUGCGUGGUCGCGCUGCAGUACAUCAGCCCGGCGCUGAUGUGCCUGCACCUCGCACUGAUGUACAAGACGCUCGGCGCGUACAGCUGGGCGGGGCGCGCGGACGAGCCGGCCGCAGUGCGCGGCGACCCGCCGCCCGAAGCCCUGGAGCAAUUCCAGAUGGCGUGGGAGAACCUGAAGACGAUUUUAACAACAACUGUAUAUAGAGGGGUGCUUGGCUUCGGAUGCUGGUGGACCCUUUUCUCAUUCUUCCUCACAACAUCACUGGGAGCUCUGUAUCAGACAUACUUCCGCACUUCUAUCUAAUUGUAAUUUUUCAUACAUGAGAAUGAGUUAGUACCCCGUAUAAGUUAAGAAUGACUGGUCAAAUAGUUAUAAUAGAUUUAAUACCAAAUUUAGGUUUGAUACCAGACCAACAACAUGUAACAUGGAGAAAAAUAGACAUUUUUAUUUUAUAUAAUUGAAUGUGGUUUUUGAAUAUUUUUGUUUCAACAAAAAUUCAGGUAUUGUACUAUUUCAAUACAGACAGAUCAUGAUUAUUUUUUUAUGAAGAAAUAAUGUCAAAUAAUCAAGCUUCAAUUUCGAAGAAAUUUUUACUUUUUUUUUCAUAUUAAAUUAAAGUCAUUGAUCACAUGGGCCAUGGGCGUAGCCAACCCCCUCGAAAAUAGUUUGUUAUAAUAUUUCUAACUAACAUACUAGUCUUAGUGAUUGUCCCAAAAUUCUUAUUACCUUUUUUAUGUGUUUUUUGUUUUGUUUGAGAGUUUGAUGGUUCAUUUUCAAAGGUUUAAACAGGGUUACCAGCAAGAUAAUAUUGAUAAUAUUAAACAAGUGAUGAUACAUGAUGUAUUUAUUUUAUCUAUUCCCUUUUGAAUAUGUUAUAUGCUAAUAUGUGAUAUAAUAAUGGCAAUAUGUGAUACGAUUGUAUAAAAUUUUAAAAGCGUCACUUACAUAAUGAACAUUAAAAUGAAAUGCAUUGUGUAUCCUGGUAAUCCUGUACUUGAUUUGAUUGUAUCCCUCCAAAUUAGGACAUAACUAAAAAGUUUAUCUGAUAGAUGAUAAGCCUCUUAGAUGUAAGAGUAUUUAUUUAUACGGUGUUGUUUUCAAUAAAGCUUUUUUAAAUUGUGUA